AUGGCUUAUGAUGGACCAUUGAUGGCAUCUGCCAAGAAAAUUAAGUUUCUUGAGAACAAAUCCAGAGGAAAUUCACUCUCAUCACUAGAACGCAAGAAAAACUCCGAAUGCUCACCUGCAUUGCUAAAGCUCUGGGAGUCCCUACCUCCAAAGCAUUACUGCGACCGGCUAGUUUCGAUAUACUUCAAGUAUUUUGAGCGUACUAUGCGCGUUCUUCACCGCCCAACAUUCAUGCGUCAGUAUGAAAAACUAUGGCUUAACAACGAAUCCGAAAUUGCUUCCUCAUCCAGCACUAUCGCGCAACUCACGAGCCUUAUGACCAGAGCCUACCUGCUGGAUGAAACAAAAAGCGCUAAUGAAUACGAAGCCCAUAAUCCCUAUCUGAAAGAGACAGCGAUCAACCAUGUCCAAGCAUGGCUCGACGAACUUGGACGAAAACAAAAGACCGAGUUAUCAACUCUUCAAGUCGAAAUACUUUUGCUACUUUCUAGUGGCGUUCGCCGGCCAGAGAGGCUGUGGACCACUAGUGGCGCUCUUGUACGCUCAGCUAUGAUCAUGGGUCUACAUUUGGAUCCUGCCAACAUAAAGUCUAUCUCACUCUACCAGAUGGAGAUGCGAAAGCGGCUGUGGGCAACCGUUUUGGAACUCGACCUACAAGCAUCCAUGAUGGCAGGUAUGCCCUUGAUAGCUUCUGAUCUCGACUGUUACAAUCCCGUACCGACAAAUCUCAACGACGAGGACUUCGAUGAGCCUUCAACAAAGCUGCCCCCUUCGCGCCCACUUGACGACCUCACAGACAGUCUAUACCAGGUUUACCUUGCUAUGUCACUUCCUCAUCGGUUCAAAGCUCUUUCGCUUGUGCAGCGUUCAACACCUGAUGUGAACGAGGCAAUCGAGAUAGGACGAAAAGUCGAAAAACGCUUAUCUUCCAAACCAUUGAUCCUCAGCUUGCACCGCACUCAGUUGAUGCCCGGUAAUCGAGGUGACCUACUACACCGCAUUCUCCUCGAUUUAUACCUUCGACGACCGCUAUUCUGCUUGUAUAAACCACUGCUUUACAACGACCAAGGAAAUCCCGAAGCGACCAAGGAGGUCUGGCUGCACUGCAUCGAUUCGUCACUAGCCAUACUCGCCUAUCAAGACUUCUAUAACCCACCACUUUUGAAAGAGGCUGUGCAUAGCCCAUCAUCGGAGCAAGACCUUUACUAUUGGGUGUGCAAAACAGAUACUUUGUGGGCCGCUCUUAUGAUAUGUCAACGCAUCAAACAGAUCUGCCAGCACCCUGAGCAACAAAUGCACGCACACCAUGAGCAAGCACUCGUCGCAACUGUGCAAAAUACUAUUAGGUCUCUUGUCGGGAGAAUGGGGCGUAAAGGAAGUGAUUUAAAAGAUAUCAUCUUCCUUUCUUUGGUGCUGAAGUGGGUACAAUUACCAGAUCCAUGUCCAGAAAGAACGUACGAACUACAUCUGACCGCCACGAAAACGAUGGCGGCUUGUGUCGAUCAAUUGCUGCAGCAUGAGCUCACUAAUAACCACUAUCGACACCAACAAGACGAGUACACUGAACCGUUAGCUAAGCGUAUAAGAAAGUCCGCGACAGCCACGUCUCGUACUACCAUGAAUACCAGCUCCAUCACACCUGGACACACGCUCAAUCCGGUACUAGCUGAGCGUCUCGCUCUACCAAGCGACUCUGAGGAUGCUGAACAAUGGCUCGGUGACUUUCCCGGGCUAGCUGCCGAGUACACGAAUUUCCAGGCUGAACUGUACGAUGCCAGCGAUGCUUUCAAUGGUGGUAUGGCGCAAGAUUGGGAAUACUUCUGGCAAUGA